GUCUACCGCCGCAGAAGAAAACAAUUAUGGCGUCGUUCAGCAGUAACGAGUGGAAAGCUGUCUGCGCCAAAUUCACCAACGCCCUACAGCUCAGCGACGUAGAAUCACGAAACGACCCCGAAAACGACCCUUUCCGAUCCAAAUACAAGGCAAGGGAACUUCUGACAGAGAUAUACUGCUCGCUGAAGAACUUUGAAGCAGGAGAUGGCGAGGAGCACGACGACGGAGAGAGCAGCGAGCCGGAGCCGACGGAGGAGCCUCUGGACGGAGAGAAGCCGGUGGAUCUGGAUGCGUUCAGCCGGGGAUGGAGCAGCGACUCGCGCGCGGGGCUUCGAGCAGCCAGGCUCGCAGCUGUGGAGUAUUAUUUGGGCGUCAACCACGUGGACACAGAAGAGUUGUCCGCCGGGCAGGAGCAUCUGAUGAACUGCAUGAAGCAUCUGGGCAAAUGCAGAGUGUCAUCGGAGAACGUGUCGCUGUUCAUCCACGUCAGGAAUCAGCUGGGGAUCCUCUGGGCAGGCAGAGAUGAGACGGAGAAGUCCCAGGGCUUCCUUGAAACUGCAGAGUCCAUCUACCAACUUUACAUGAAGGAGAAUGGGAGUCCCCCUACAGACAUGACAGAGUACUUCUGCUCUGAGGAGAACCAGCUGACUCAUCAGGAAAGAACCAAGAAGUUUGAGCUGGCCUACACUCAUACUUUGUACUACCUUGCACAAGUGUAUCAAUAUUUUGGUGAAAAUGAGCGGGCGGCCAACUACUGCUACAGUACUCUGCAGAGGCAGCUGCAGUUAAACCAGUUCAAUCCAAUGGAGUGGGCUCUAAAUGCUGCCACACUGUCUCAAUACUACAUCACAAAGGGUCAGUACAUGGAAGGCCGACAUUGCCUUGCAGCAGCUACUGUCAUAUCAGGACUGGCUGGGGAGGUUCCCUCUGAGGCAGCAGCCCAGGAGAGUGAGGCGGAGAGGGACCGCAGGGAGCAGCUCAAGCAGAAGAGAUCAGAAAUUGCAAGAUGUUGGAUUAAAUAUUGCCUUAACCUUCUCAGAGAUGCAAAGAAGCUGCUGGAGGAUAACAUAGGUGAGCUGGAUACUGACCGCCAAGAUGAGCUGAGGAGAGCAAGAAGUCGAGAAGAGGAAGAGGAGGGCAGGAAGCAAGCUCUGCUGUUCGGCUCUGAGGACACUUUUGAUUCCAUUGCUAGUGUGGAAGAAAAGGUUUCCUAUUUGUUCCCUUUGGAUUUCACGGAGGCCAGAGCCAUCUUUCUAGUGGGACAGAAUUAUGUCAACCAGGCAAAGGAGCACUUCCAGAUGGAUGGGUUUGUGACAGACCACAUCGAGAUUUUGCAGGACCACAGCGCUCUGUUCCGGGCCCUGGCUUUCUUUGAGGAGGAUGUAGAGCGGCGCUGCAAAAUGCACAAAAGAAGAGUUGACAUGCUGGAACCCAUCUGUAACGACUUGAAUUCCCAGUACUACCUUUUAAUCCGCAGACAGCUGAUGUUUGAGCUGGCUGAGACCUACAAUGAAAUGAUGGAUCUGAAGCUAACUCUGGCCAACAGACAGGAAGAUUCUCAAUCUCUAGAUAACCAUACAAUUAAAAAGUUCAACCACCUGUGUUCCGCCUCUGCCAAGUACUUUCAGAUGUUCCUGGACUCCCUGUGUUCUCCUGAGGGGAAAAUUCCUGAGCACCUGGAGGAAGACGUCCUCCGACCGGCUCUGGUGGCUCGAUUCAGAGUUGCUCGACUGCAUAGCAAACUGAUCAGCUCCUCGCCGCCAGUUCAGCUGGACAACCUCAACAAAGCUCUAGAAAACUACAAGUAUGUGGUGCAGUAUUGUGAGGCCCACCCAGAGGCUGCAGCCGCUGCAGAGACGGAGCUGGAGUUGAGUAAGGAGAUGGUGGGCCUCCUCCCUUUGAAAAUCAAUCGGCUGAAAGCAAGGAUGGCUACGAACAACUAAAAAAGUGCUCCUUUUUGCUGCCUGGAGCUCUGCUGAAACAAUGUUUACCUGUUUUCAGUAGAAAGUCAGGGACUCUGUUUGGUCUGGUAACAAUUGUCCUUUUUCCUGUGAGCAUGCUGCUGAACCCAUUACAGGCUCUUUAACUUAUGUGCUCUUAACUGUCAUACAUAUUGUGAUUACAUGUCUGCUUGUGAUUGUUAAUAAAAAGAAUAUCUCACUCUUGUGACACUUAGAAAUUCUUAAGUGUUGGGGUUUGUGGACGGAUCUGAAUGGAUUGUAAACACUGAGACCUUUGUGAAGCUUUAAGGAUCAUUUUAACAGAUUUUCCGUAUGCUUUUCUUUUCCAUUUUCAGUUUUGCACUAUUAAAAUGUCUACUUUGAGCCUAUCCCAUAUAAAUAGACGGUACACAUAGUGGGGUUUUACUCAAAAUUCCCUUUUUCUACUAAGUUCUCCAUUUAACUAAAGUAGGUUAUUCAGCUACUUUCUGCACACAAGACUUCACAAGUGCAAUAAUAAUGGGACACUUCGAGGUAAAGAGCAGUAAAUGAUGUGCAAAUAUCUGCUUUCUCUGAAAUGAGAUGCCUGUGCUGCAAGUUCACAGAACAACAGUCAUUACAUGGACUUGACUCAGUUUUUAUCACAGCCUGCGUGAUGUGCUCAAAAUCCAUUCCAGUGUGUUUCUCUCACUGACGGUUGCCAGAAUUCAGUCUGUUUUGUGCAAAGCAGAUAUUGUGUAUAAUUUAAACCAAUGUUGUAAUCCUUUCUAAUACCAUAGUACCAAGAUGCAUUUCUUUUAGGUGUAUUAAAAAGCUGAAUGUGAAAUGGUA